AUGUUUGUGGCAGACACGUUGUCACGAGCCACAUUGCCAGACACAGGACAGGAACAAAAGCUGGAAUCCGUGAACGUUGCAUUGGCGGUGACGCAGCUCGAGAUGUAUCACAUACGAACUGCAACUAUUGACGAUCCGAGUAUGCAAGAACAUAAAGGAGUUAUCACACGUGGUUGGCCAGAGGACAAAAAAGCUCUUCCGAUGGACGUAUUACCCUACUUUAAAUUCCGAGAUGAAUUAACUGUUCACGAUGAACUGAUUUUUGGUGGUGAAAGCACCAAUCUGACCGUUCCAAAUGAUGAGGAAUUGCGACGUUCAUUUGAUCAGUUGGAUCUGUAUCUGAAACCACCCACACCGAUAAUGGCCACACAACCUGAGUCCACACCACAUCAUGAGUUGUGUUGUUUCGGACACACGGAUCUGAAAGAGGAUACAAUCAUGUGCAAUACACACGUGUCGGCCGAAUCACCAAUCAGUCAUGUCAGUGUGCCUGAAUCUCCUACAUCCAAGGGUGCAAUCAUUCGUAACAACAGUCUGGAAAUCUGCUCGGAUUUGGUCAAUGUGGUUCGAUCUGUGGAUUUGCCCACACUCGACUGGCUUCGUAUGCAUCAUCAAUACCAGAUGCCCCAGUCAAACGAUUUCCCCCACAUAUGUGAUCCCAGUCAUUCAGGAGACGGGGUGAGUGAGCACUGGUCCACCCAUCUGUCCCCGACUAUGCGAUCGGAGACCAGUUUGCAUCCGUCUAUCACACUCCACGAGACCGAGUAUCAUCGUUCCCAUACAAGCGAUCUAUGUCAACCGGACGAACCGGAGCAACCAGAUUGUGAAGCGGACGAGAACCCGGAUCCAAUGAAUCCCACCAUUUCGGUACUGGCAGACGACAGUCCGGUGGAGUCCACAGCUAGUCCAGUUAUCAGUCCAUCCCAAUUCGAGACCAUCAUGGCGGUUACAUCAAUUGUGGAUCGUUCACCAUCUGGUACGAUGCUCAGUCCGAGCGGUAUAAAUGUGGAACAUUAUCAGUAUGCAAUGUACGGUCAUCCGUCACACCAGGUGCCGGACAACGCGCAUCUACUUAGACCCACCAUCACAGAUAACGUGAUCAUGACCAGUACACCGAGUGGGGAUGCCGAAUGA